AGAAGAAGAGAGGCUGGCUACACUUAUAGCGUCUGUCACUUCUUCUGCUGCAGUUCCAGCGUUUUUUCGGUUUCAGUCUGGCGGAGGUCAGACUUUGAAAGUCUGAUUAAUGCAGUCUUUGGCCAUGAAGAGCUCCAAAGAGGCUGUGCACUCAGCUGCCAAAGAGUUCCUGCACUUUGUCAACAGAGGAGUGUCUCCGUAUCACGUGGUUGAAGAAUGCAGAUGCCGUCUGUUGGAGGCGGGGUUCGUCGAGCUGAAGGAGACGGAACAGUGGGACAUCAGGCCAGCCACCAAGUACUUUGUGACCAGGAACUUCUCCACCCUGAUCGCCUUUGCAGUGGGAGGACACUACCUGCCAGGAAAUGGCUUUUCCAUGGUCGGAGCCCACACAGACAGCCCCUGCCUCAGGGUGAAGCCGAGGUCUAAGAGGACGAAGCAGGGCUGCCUGCAGGUCGGGGUCGAGUGCUAUGGUGGAGGCAUCUGGAACACCUGGUUCGACCGAGAUCUGACCAUCGCUGGCCGCGUCAUGGUCAAGAGUAAUGGCAGGCUGCUCCACCGGCUGGUUCAUGUGGCCCGACCUCUGCUCAGGAUCCCUCACCUGGCCAUCCACUUGCAGCGUGAUAUCAACGACUCCUUUGGCCCCAACAAGGAGAAUCACCUUGUGCCCAUCAUCGCCACCGCCAUCCAGGAGGAGCUGGAGACAGGAAGUUCGUCCUCUGCAGAUGCUUCCUGCGCUGUCAACACGGCUGACAAACACCACCCGGCGCUGGUCAAGCUACUGUGUUCAGAGCUGGGCGUUGAGCCCGAGGCGCUGCUGGACUUUGAGCUGUGCCUGGCUGACACACAGCCCGCGGUGCUGGGAGGUGUGUAUGAGGAGUUCAUCUACUCUCCACGACUGGACAACCUGCACAGCUGCUACUGCGCCCUCCAGGGGCUGGUGGAGUCGUGCUCUGGAGACUCUCUGGCCAAAGAUCCCAACAUCCGCAUGAUCACCCUGUAUGACAACGAAGAGGUGGGGUCCGAGAGCGCUCAGGGUGCUCAGUCCAACCUGACAGAGCUCAUCCUCAGCCGCCUGGCCGCCUCCUCCUCCAACCUCACCGCCUUCCAGCAGGCGGCGCCGUGCUCCUUGAUGAUCAGUGCUGACAUGGCACACGCCGUGCACCCCAACUACCAGGAGAAGCACGAGGAGAACCACCGCCCAGCGUUCCACAAGGGCCCGGUGAUCAAGUUUAACAGCAACCAGCGCUACGCCACCACAGCUGUCACUGCCUCCAUCAUUCGAGAAGUCGCCAGCCGGGUCAGCGUGCCACUACAGGAUGUGAUGGUCCGGAACGACAGCCCGUGUGGAUCCACCAUCGGGCCCAUCCUGGCUGCCCGCCUCGGCAUCCCUGUGGUCGACAUGGGCUCCCCGCAGCUCUCCAUGCACUCCAUCAGGGAGAUGUGCUGCACCUCCAGUGUCCUGCAAUCCUCCACCCUCUUCAAGGGCUUCUUCGAGCUGUUCCCCACAGUCAGGAGCACGCUGGUGGUGGACUAGAGCUGCAGCUGAUGGAACUGAAGGAUGGCACAGGAUCUGCUGCAGGGUUCAGUGUUGACGCUGAAAUAGUGCUGUGUGUGCUAGAAAUCACAAAUCCAGUGGACAGUAUUGAUACUCAGCCCCAGCAGGCUAUGAUUAUACUCCAAGGACUACACAAGCACUUCUUGAUCUUUCUUAUGAAAUGAAAUGGCUUUGAAAAUAAAAGGUCCCUUCCUGGGCUGUGCAGCCUUGA